UACUCUCUGAGGGCAAAUGGGCGGAGAAGCAACUUUUCUUUGUUGUUCUCCAGUUAACACCAAGCAUGUGAUUAGGAUGUUUCAGCCUAGUUACUGCUCGGUCAAAGUCAUACAAGAUUAGACCUCAGAUCAACACACCCACAACACAGGUGAAGGAUUACAAUUCCCAGUGCUGAAACUUGAACACAGUUCUUUAUAUGAUUUCUGGGAUCAUGGGAAAGAAGCUGGAUCUAUCCAAGCUGACGGAUGAAGAGGCCAAGCAUGUCUGGGAAGUUAUUCUGCGGGAUUUCGACCUGCGGAAGAAAGAGGAGGACAGACUGGGGGUUUUGAAAAUGGGCUCCUUGGACUGGUAUCACGAGCACGUCCGCUCACGCUUCAAGCGAUUCGGAAGCGCCAAGGUGAUGCGAUCGCUGUACAAGAGAUUCCACAGCGAGCAGAGGCUUAAAUCUGAACUAGCGGAUUCAAACUGGGAAACCGAUGACAGCUCCCAUGAUGACAAUACAUACAGCAUGCCUGAUGUCCGAGACAUGUACGAUAUGCCUGAGGAGGAUGAGGUCACCAUUGAUGCCUCAGAGGCCCAGCGCUACAGACUGCACUCGGGCGAGGGGGAAGGUGUCACCCGGAAGGAGUCGAUGAUCGCUGAGGCAGAUAUUGCGUCCGUGUACCAGCAGAUCCUGCAGGAGCAGGGGCAGGUGGGUGGGAAAGAGGAGCAGGAGUUCAGCACCGAAGAGCACCUUCGCAUCAACUCCUGCAGGAAAAGCCUGGAGAAGUCUUACAAAUCCGAUGACAGCCACUUCUCUGAGCACAGACUGAUUCGAGUACGUUCCUCUCCGAAAGGCAGCCCCACAGGCCAGUUGAAAGGGCUGCAGCGCUCCCAAUACUACGCUGACAUGGACGGCUCUGGUGAGGAAGAGGAGGGGGUGCCACGCUUCUCUUUGUACCAGAGUCACUUUUCCAAACGGAGGAGCCGAGCGUCCUCCCAGGAAAACUUGCACCACUCCAAGCCCCAGAUCUCUGAGUUGAACAAUCGCAUGUCUGCUAUCGAACGCCUCCUAAACCACUUGGAACAGAAAAUAGUGGUGCCCUCGGAGGAGGGCGUGCAGUCUGAUGCAGACCUGGAGGAGAAGAAGCUGAAGAAGAAACUGGGUGAGCUGGCUGGAAACAUCAGCGACAAGGGACUGUCAUCAGAGGAAGAUGAGGGGAGGAAAAAGAAGCUCCAGAGAGAAGCAGUGAUGGGCUCCUCCAGUGAUGACCUCCCAAAUGAAGCACAGAAGAGAUCUGAUGUGGCGCUUUGUGACAUCACAACAGAGGCAGGAAGACCCUUUAACGCCACUGAAAGAGUGCUCACUGAGUUGGUACCACCAAAGCCCAAAGAAAGACACCAGUUACAGGGGACAGAUGUAACGCGGGCAGAUGAGGCGUACAGAGAACUCGAGGAGCAUGUCUACAUGGCAGCUAGUAAGACCUACACCCUGGAGAAGAAACUGAAGGACCUGGAAGAAUCUGCUAAGAGCCGGUAUAGCGGCACCACGGACUCGGAGCUCAGUGAGCUGGAAGACAAGGUGGCAUCUGCAGCAGCAGCUGUCCAGAACACCGAGAGUGAGGUUUCGGACAUUGAGAACAGAAUCGCUGCCCUCAGUGCAGCUGGGCUGACUGUGGUUCAGGAAAGAAACAGAAGGAAAUUUUCAGGACAGACAGUGGCCACACAGCAGUUGGUGCGGAGAAAGCUUUCUACUUCACAUCUAAAUCAAAGUGAAGCAGAUGAGUUUGAUCGAAAUGCAUUGUACAGAGGGUCGCUGACUCAAAGGACUCCUGCACUUAGGGGCAAGAGAAAUGCAUCGUAUGCGAAACCAAUAAUGGCUCAGCAUCCUUAAAGAAAGAAAGCAUGAUGUAACAAAAGUGAAUUCCACCCCGGACUGCAACAUAUUUAUAGAGGAACAAAAAGAGAAGGACAAGCUUGUGUAUAGUGAUGUGCCUUUCAAUGUUACUGCAGUGAAGACAUCCUACUCCAAUUCUAUUGUACAAAUGCAUUGUAUCUCAUGCCAUAUUAGGAAGUGUAUUGCUCAAACAUAGUUUAUUGUGUCCUUUGCAUACACACACACACACACACACA